AUGGAGGCACUUGGGAAUUUGGCAUUCGACAGAGGAAGGAAGUGUUACCAUUUGCGUGAUAAUCUAAGGUCGCUCGAAAUGAAGUUGCAAAGAUUAAGCAACAGGAAAAUUGAUUUCGAGUCGAAAGUGAAAGUUGCAGAAAGAUCAGGUACUAAGAAAAGGAAAAGGGAGGUUGAGAAUUGGUUUGAGGAGGUAGCAAAAAUAGAGAAUGAAUUCGUUGCAUUGAAAACGAGGGUAGAACAGGGUAAUCUUCUAAAAUAUGCAUUUAGCAGUGGGGAUGGAGUGGAGAAAAUGGACAAGUUUGUAGAGCAACUGAUGGUGCAAAGUGAUAGUGAUCAUUUUGCUGAGCUUUGCCUUGAGGCUUCUGAGAGCAGAGGUGAGCCACGAGAGACAAUAAAAUUACUUGGAAAAAGGUUUUGCAAAGGUCUGGAAACAAUCCCGGCAUGGUUGGACACCAAUGAGAUCUUAAGGAUUGGGAUAUGGGGGAUGGGAGGUGUGGGUAAGACUACUUUGGCGGAACACAUCCAUAAUCAUCUCCUUGAGAAUACUCAAUUCAAGGUUUAUUGGAUUUCUGUCUCUCAAGAUUUUAGCAUCAAAAAGCUGCAAGGUGACAUUGCUAAACACCUAAGGCUUGAUCUGUCAAACGUGGAUGAUGAAGGAGCAAGGGCACGCAGGUUGCGUGACGCAUUCGAGAAAAUGGAGGAAAUGGUAGUGCUCAUAUUGGAUGAUGUUUGGGAAGACUUUGGUUUAGACAGGGUAGGGAUUCCUCUUGAUGCACUAAAUCGCAGAUUGAUUUUGACUACACGCUCGUUAGACGUGUGCAACCGGAUGCAAUGCCAAAGCAAUUUUGAGUUGAAAACAUUGGACACAGAGGAAGCUUGGGGUUUGUUCGAGCAUACACUUGGCAGCGAGACCUCCAGUGAUGGAGGUUUGAAAGAUAUUGCCAAGUCCAUCACGGAAAGGUGCGAUGGUUUGCCUCUUGGUAUUGUCACAGUGGCUGGGAGCAUGAGAGGUGUGAGAGACAUCUGUGAGUGGAGAAAUGCAUUGGAAGACUUGAAAGCAUGUUCCGUCGGGCACGAUGAGAUGGAAAAAAAGGUGUUUCGCAUCCUGGAAUGGAGUUUCAAUCGCCUGAAUGAAUGUCAAAGGAAUUGCUUCUUGUAUUGCUCUCUUUAUCCGGAAGAUUGGAAAAUAAAAAGAAAGGAACUAAUAGACCUUUUUAUUUGGGCAGAGUUGAUGCCAAAACGGAACUCAAGGUCAGAAGAUAUUGAUGAAGGUCAAACGAUAUUAAACAAACUGAUAAGAUUUUGCCUGCUGGAAGAAACAAAAGAUUCCGAAGGGGAUGACCAUGUAAAGAUGCAUGAUUUGGUCAGAGAUAUGGCAAUGAGGAUCACGAAUGGAAACUCCAAACUAAAGAUGAGUGGAGUUGUACCACGCUUCUUGGUCAAAAGCUUUGUAUGGAGGCGUUCAAAAGUAAUACUGGAACAAAAAGAAUGGACAGAAGAUCUCCAUGCAGUCUACUUUCAUACAUUUGGAAGCGCAGAAAUAGAAGUUCCACCAGGCUGGUCACCGAAUUGUCCUAAGCUCUCAACCUUGCUUCUUCCCCAUUUUUCCAUAAAAAGAAUCCCAGAUUCUUUCUUUCGGCACAUGUGUGGACUUAAAGUUUUGAAUCUAGAAGGGUGCAAAGAUAUAACAGAGUUGCCUAAUUGUGUUUCAGACAUGGUGAAUCUCACUGCUUUGAUUUUGGGGGGUUGUGCACGCCUCAUGUCUGUGCCACCACUGGGAAAGCUCAAGCAAUUGAGGGAUUUGGAUUUAUCAUGCACUAGCAUUCAGGAUUUACCUCAAGGUUGGGAGUCACUGGUCAACCUUGAAAGGCUUAACUUGAAAGACUGUCAGACUUUAGGUUUAAAGAUAAUACCAAAAGGGACAUUUUCCCAAUUCCACCGUCUUCAACUGCUAUUAUUGCCACCCUUUGGUAAGUGGCCAAAAUACUAUAAUGUUUAUAUCAACGACAUCUUAACUAAGAAUCGGGGUUAUAUGUAUUAUCAGAAACAACUGUAUUUUCAUCAGUGUAAGCUUGGUAGAGGAUCGAACUAUCUGCCAGAUGAUUUGAAGAGUUUGGAAAUCGUGGAUUGUGAAGGCAUGGGCAUUAGGUGCUUGUCAGAUUCGACUCUGUCAUCUCGAAGAGCUAGGCUCUCCGGGUUGCCAAAUCUAGUUGGUCUUUUUUACGGAGAAUCAGAACCAUAUUUGCUUCCAAUUGGCACCUUUUUUUCCCUCAAAAUAUUGUGGAUUUCUGAAUGUCACAACGUGAAGCAGCUAUUCACAGUGCAGUUGCUGCAGAACCUUCAAAAUCUUGAAACAUUAAGUGUUGAAGAUUGUGAAGGAUUGGAGGAGAUAGCAACAGAUGGCAAUAGAGCAGGACAAGGAGGAGGAGAAGGCAUCCAAUUGACUUCAAGUGGAGCCACUGCCACCGUCAUCCUUCCAAAAUUAAGGAGAUUGACUCUGAAUAGGCUGCUGCAACUGAAGAACAUUUGCAAGGCAGCCAUGAUCUACGAUUCAAUUAAGGAGAUUGAAAUAUUCGAUUGUCCAAAGGUAAAGAGGCUGCCUUUGUUUCUUCCUACCACCAACGGUCUACCAUCUCCUCCCAGCACUCUUCGUAAAAUUAGGGGAGAUGUAGAAUGGUGGGAAUUAUUAGACUGGGACAGUCGCUACCCAAAAAAUGCCCUUGACCCAUUGUUCAUAGCAAAGGGGUGA